GGCUCAACAACCACGCUCGUUUUCCUUUGCAUAGGCUCUGCCGAUAAAAAGUUUACAAUCCAUGAACAUCUUGCGUACGACUCCACACUAACAUGUUCCAAGAGGCCGCCUAUGACUCUAUAGUCUCGGACUUUUUCUCUCAUUGGACGGUAAUCAGUUCCACGCGACGUGCUCAACCAUCGAAUCUAUUCGACCCUCAUUCGUGGACACAACAAAGCUCUUUCAUUGUUUUGAUUUUAGUGCUCUCAUGGGGUACAGUGUUUAGGCAUCGAUUCCUCUGUUGUCGCGGCCUACCCCACGUCCACAUCGAGCGUUUCUCUGUUUCGCGAAUGUCCGUUGUACAGCCAAGGGUUAUAGGGCGCCCUCAUUCCUAUUUGGAUAGCGAAUCAGCUCUCCAACAUGGGCUGUAGCAUCGAUCAUCGGAGCGGAAGAGGCACUCAAACAAGGCAACCA